AUGUCCAGCCUUCCAAACAAGCCGCACGCUUUCAAUCCGCCAGGUGUUCCUGAGCCCCCACCCACCUACUCACAAGUCUCCGUCACACCCCUGAUACCCACCUCGAAGCUCAUCACGCUUGCUGGGCAGGUCGGUCUCGAUGGCAAGACGCACGAGGUCGCGGAAGGCUUCGAUGAUCAAGUCAAGCUCGCCUAUCACAACAUCUUGAAUGCCUUGAAAGCAGCGGGUGCGACUCCUCGCGAUAUCAUCCACGUGAAGCACUUUAUCGUUAAAGACACUGGUCGUGUCGGAGUUGAGAGCGAAGAUGAAUUGACCCGUGUGUGGGGCCAUCAUUGGAUUGAAUUUAUGGAUAAGGAAGGCGAGGGACAUCGUCCUCCGGACACGGUGCUGGGUGUUGUAGCCUUAGCGACGAAAGACCUGUUAUACGAAUGCGAGGUAUGGGCGAUUGUACAUGACUAG